AUGAUCGAUGUCAGUGGGCAUGUGAAGAAUUUCGCUGCCGGCUUUACCGCGCAUUGGCGAUUGGACUCUCCGGCGUACCGACCGACAGACACUGUAAGAGCGGGUGGGGUGGGGACGACCGCUAGAGCAGCAAUCGCAUUCGUGGAGGGGGGCCACCGCCGUUCAGCGACCAAUCAGCGACGUUGCGGUGUCGAAGCGCUACCGCGAGCGCGGGGUCUUCGUAUCGUAUGGCUCGGCGCGAAGAAGGGGGGGGCGUUGCUGACGAAGCCGGCAGACCUGUGUACAUGGUCAUACGACGGCCGGGUCGGUUCGACAUGGCUGUAG